AUGAAUAAAUUUAUUCUGAUUUCUUUAUCAUUAUUAUGUAUUGUAGCAAAUGAUUUGAGCUAUAAUCAAAAAAUGUAUUGGUUUGAACAUUAAUUGGUUGAUCAUUAUGAUAAAUUGAAUAAAGAUGUAUUUCAUUAAAGAUAUUGGGUUGUGGAAGAAAACUUUAUUCCUGAAACAGGAGUGAUAUUAUUUUAGAUAUGUGGAGAAUAUACAUGUAAUUAAUUAUAUAAAAGUUAGGUCCAGGAAUAAUGGAAGAGAGAUUAUUUAUAAUAUAAUUGGCAAAAGAAUUUAAUGCUUUGAUAAUAAUUUUAGAACAUAGAUAUUAUGGAAAAUCAAUGCCAUUUGGAAGUGAGUCUUUGAGGGAUGAAAAUUUGAAAUAUUUAAGCACAAGAUAAGCAUUGGAUGAUUUAGCUUACUUCUAAAGAUUUAUGGUUUUAAAUAAAAAACACGGAAUAAAGUCUUAGAAUCCUUGGAUUGCAAUAGGAGGUUCAUAUCCAGGAGCUCUUGCUGCUUGGUAUAGAUACUAAUACCCUCAUUUAGUAAUAGGAGCAUUAGCUUCUUCUGCAGUAGUUGAAUCUAUUACAGAUUUUAAAAUGUUUGAUACUUAGAUAUAUUUAUCAGCUCUAAAAUCUGGCUCUGAAUGUGCAAGUGAUAUUUAGAAUAUGAAUAAAUAUGCAGAAUAACAAAUAUUAAAUGAGACAACAAGAGAACAAUUUAAAAGAUCUUUUGGGGCAGAGAAGUUGACAGAUUUAGAGUUUUUAUUCUUUUUUGCAGAUGCUUAAUUAUUAAUAAUUUAAUAUGGAGGAAGGACAGAAUUAUGUAUGUAAUUGGAAGGAAAGAACAUAGAAGAUUAGAUUGAAUAUUUUAGAUCAGUUAUAGAGGAAGAUAGUUAUAAAGAAUAUGGAUCAUAUUAUUUAAAGAAUGAUGAAUAUGAUGAAAAUAACUUAAGUCCUUCAAGAUAAUGGAUGUAUUAAUGUUGUAGUGAAUUGGGUUGGUGGUAAACUAGUCCACUUGAAAAUACUGUGAGAUCCUCUUUAAUAGAUUUAUAAUUCUAUAGAGAUUUCUGUAACAAUAUUUUUGGAGGAAUAAAACCCAACAUCUUUCCAGAUGAUUAAUUAGCAAAUGCAAGAUUUGGAGGAAAUAAUCUAAAUAUAGAUAAUUUAAUUAUGACAAAUGGAAAUGAAGAUCCAUGGAAGUGGUCUAGUGUUUUAGUUAAUCAAGGAUCUAUUCUUGCUUUUGAAAUUAAUUGUGAUAAUAGUGGUCAUUGUGUAGAAUUAUAUACUCCAAAAGAAGAAGACUGUGAAUAAUUGAAGUAAGUAAGAAUACAAAUUAUCCAACAAUUUCGACAAUGGAUUUAAAAUCAUUAUUCAUCUAUCUAAUGA